UUGGGAAUUAACAUGUCAAAAAAUGAUAAUGAAAUGAAAGCUGUAAAAUAUUAAGAUUUAUGAAGGAAAAUCCGAAUUCAAAACAAAUAUAUGAUAAAGCGUCCAUACUGAGAAUAUUCUUAAACAGUAAAUUUGCUCUUUGUCGUCUGUCGGUGUUAAAAAGAAGAAACCGAAUUUUUUUAAAUAUGAAUAUAGUAAAUUUACCUGAAGAGAUUCUAAUCAUUAUUAUUAAGCAGUUGGAUACUAUUUCUUUGUACAAUUUAUACACUGCUUGUUCACGAAUUCGUUCUAUAAUUAGUGAAUAUAGAGUUGUUAAAUCAUGUGAUUUAUCUCUAAACACAAUGGCCACAGUGCAGUCACUAAAACUGAACUUUUUUAAAGAUAUUUCAAGACAUCUUCAAGAGUUGAACUUGUGUGGAAUUAAUGACCUAACUAAAACCUUACUUCUGCCAGCUAUGAAUAAACUGAAGACCUUAAAAACAUUAAAUGUUUCUUAUACAAAUAUCAGCAUUUUCGAUUUUGUUGAACUCUACCAAAAUUGCCCCAGUAUAAAAAAUAUAAGCAUAAAUUUUAUGUUUGGUAGAACUACCCGGGUUAGAUUGUUACAAGACUCUUUACUACAAUGUCAAGAAGUGUUCAAAAACUUAGAUUUUGUUAAUUUUGUAGGGAAUCUCAGUAAUUUAAUAUAUUCCCAAUUACCAUUAUAUAUUUUAUGCAAAAGCAGAUUGAAAGCUUUACAAUAUACAGUGAUAGAAUGUGAUAUGAGUACUUAUGAAAAUGAAGACUCUGAAGAAAAAGUGCAAUUCGAUCAAUUCUCAAUAUACUUCUUAGAUGGGAAGAAUUCCAGUGUGUAUUAUGGAUUUAUGCAUGAAAUGCUAUUGUUUAAUGUGUUGGAUUUCCAAAAAUAUGAAGUUAUUAUUAUAAUUCGUUUAAACUUGAAGAGUACCUCAUUGUACGCAACACCUUUGUUUGAAAAGUUUUUUGGUGAUAAUUUUGAUUUAGAUGUAGAUUUCAUAAUGGAUUUUUCAAUAUCUAUUUUUGGAAAUGUUAUUAUAAUGCUUUGGAAUAAAAGUACAACAAAUUUUGACAAAAGUUUCUUUGAAAAUUUGUUACGAAAGUUACGACCAUUGUUUCCCUGUCAAUUUAUUUCAUCAAGGAGAACACAUGUGGAUGAUAAGUAUGACUGGUUCUAUACUACUCCUACUCCUUCAACCUCUGAUUACAGGAGUGAAUUGUGUGGAUUUUCAUACAAAAAACGUAGAGUUGUCGAACCAGAUUGCAUUUUAAAUUAUGAUUAUCACUUUGAAAAAAAGCGUGAAGUUCAAUUAAGUUUGCUUUUUAAUGGUGAUAUUAGAAGUGGUGUAUCAUUCCCUUAUGAUUGUGUAUAUUUAAGUAAAUUAACUUAUUUGAGUAUGAGUGGAACAGUAAGUUACCGUUGUAAUUUUUUUGAAAUUUUGUUUAGUUCUUGUGAUGUGCUUGUCACAUUAAAUGUAGAAGCACCUGCUACAUGUUCAUGCUAUGCAGCAGUAUCAAGGUACAUUUCCUUCAGUCGAAGUCUUAAAAAUUUAAGAUUGGUGGAUAAAAGAAUUGAUUUUAAGCUUGUUUUUUCAUCAUUGAGUGAAUGUAAAACAUUAGAGAAUGUUAACAUAUGUGAAAUGUCUUCUAACUAUUUUGAUGUUUCUGAUCCGUCAAUAUUGUUCAAAAAAUGUGAAAAAUUGUAUUGUUUGUAUGCUUACGGACCCGUAUCUGAUAAAACUCGGAAUAGAAAGUUACAAAUUUUGAAAAGAGCACGAACGAAAUGUGGAAAGACAUAUAUCAAAGUUAAUCUUUUUAGUCAUUCUCGUUUGGCUUAUGAUCCUUUUAUUGAUGUGUUUAAACUAAAUCCAAUAAAACCAGUAUAAACAAUGUAUCAUAUUUUAUUAUUGUACUAUGUGUAUUGUUACAAUAAUUGAAAUGAACUAAUUAUGUUUGAGGUUUACUUUUGCUGUGGUUGGUACUUAUUAUUGUUAUUGAUAGAGAUAAUAUGCCAAGUACAGCACUGCCGCCACAAGCAUAUGUCAAUACUCCCCUAUAGUACUGGGGGCAGGUUAAUGCAUCAUCACAUUUACUGAAAAAAAAUGAAUGGAAAUAAGGUUUAUGUUAUACAAAUAAAUGCCUGUAGUAGUCAAAGGAUCUUAUUUUAAGUAUUGUUUUAUACAUCCUUGGAUGGUGAGAGUAUAUUUGUCUAAUCAUAAAUUUUUGGCUGUAAAAAUUGUUUUAAUUUAUUUAUUAAAAAGUCUGCUGAAUUUAAAACCUCUGUAAUUUAAAAUUAAGUUAUGUGGCUAAGGAUAUGCUUACCACAUUACACCACUAAGGUGGAUGUGGAAAUUUGUAUAAAGUUAAGACUGUAAAUCUUGUUAAAUGUAUGCUGAAUUAUGAGAUGUAACUUUCAAAAUAUCUCAAUACUAAUCUUAUUUGUACAUAAACAAAAUAUAACAAUUUUGUAUUAAGAAUAAUUUUUAUAGUCUUCUAUGCGUACCAUUAAUUUAUGUGUGUUAGAAAUGGGAUUCCAUAUAUUAUUUAUUUUGUGUAGUUACACAUGUAUUACUUUGAAUAAAUCUCAUUAAUUUUAAGGCUUUUCAAAUAGACUUGAGUUUUGUAACGAUAUAAUUUCUUUUGGUACUUACUAGUUUUCUAUAGCCAUUACAGCUAUUCCAGUUACUAAUUUGUCGGCAAAUGUAACAAUCGAAUAUAUUAAAGCACCCUGAUGAGAAUGAGGUCCUAUUAAAUCUGCUGUUACGCAAAGGCUCGACACCAGGGUUAUCGCACUUCCAGCUCCUGAUAUAAAACAUUGUAAUUAAUUUAUUAUGUUCAAUGGGGUGAAAAACUUUGACAUUAUGUUUUUGUAUCGAAUGCAUUUUGCUUAAAAUAAUGUUUCGUUUUUCUAAUAUAUACGUGUUUGUAUUUACAUCUGUAGGUAACCAUUGUAACUAGGGUGUAGUAGCGAUAUGUGCAAGAUCUUGCAAAUAUACUUAACUGUAAUUCAGUUAUUAUUCUUGUCGUAUAUGUACCAAUGUAUGAGUUAUAGUAAUAUGGCUAAGGAGUAACGAGACAUAAAAGUAUUUCGAAAUUAAUAUAAAAUAGAAUACGACUGUGGAAAUAUAUGACUUCGUUUUUGGUUUAAUUUUCGUAUGACGAAAAAAUACAUUACUUGUAAUUUGAAUUAUAGUAAUAUUAAGCCAAAUAUAAUAUUCUUAUCAUACGA